AUGAAGUUGCAAACUGCUCUUUCUUUGGCGGCCCUUGGCUACGUCACUGCUGGCUGCCUUCUCCCAGAGGAGACUGAAGGUGGGCAAAUCAGUCUUCGCCGGCGUCAGUCUGCGAGAACAAAAAACUAUGCGCCCAUAGGAAAGGGGGAUCGCUUUGAAGGCGGCAAAAUGGUGCCACGGGGCAUUUGCUCCAAGCCUGACGAUUUCAAAGACGAAUCCAAGUUGUCAAUUUUAAGUGUCUCCGAAAUUGGGUCAGCUCUCAAAGGUCUCCAACAGGAAUAUCCGGAGAAAAUGAAGCUCUCCACUGCAGAUCAUAAGACAUAUGAGGGCCGCGAUAUUUAUUACGGAGUAGUUGGCUCCGACCAGCCCCGUGUGUUCCUUACCAGUGGUGUACAUGCUCGCGAGCGUGGAGGGCCAGACAUCCGCCAAGCUCUCGGAGUAGGCAUCGCCAUUAUUCCUUCGGUCAACCGGGAUGGGAUCAACUACGACCAGACUCACAACGCAUGCUGGCGUAAGAACCGCAGACCUUUUGGAAAUGACGAGUUUGGCGUCGACAUCAACCGCAACUUCAGGGUUUUCUGGGACUGCGAGCGAUUUUAUUCAUGGGGCGACGAUUAUGCACAGUUUGACGAUCCUGUCAUGAGCUUUCGGAAUCAGCGAUACGACCGCCAACGAGGCCUCUUCCAUGAUAAAUACAAAGAGUACAUGGAGCGAGAUGAUUUUGACGCCCAGAAAUCUGCUGCCGAGCGCAUGGCCACUGCCAUGAACCGUGUCGCCAACAACGGAGCUCGCUAUGAGGCUGAUCAGACCAUAAACCUGUACCCGGCUCUGGGUAGCACCGAUGAGGCCAUGGCGGGAUAUUAUAACCAGACAUGCGGGGCGAAUCGCAUCCAUGCCUUGACUUUUGAGUUUGGGCAAAGCCGGGACUGCAACGACAUCUUCUACCCUGAUGCAAGGCAGUACAGAGACAAUAUUAUCCACACCAACGUCGGUUUGAUGGAGCUUCUGCUGAAUGCGGCAGAAAAGGGUGGUAAGAGCAAGAUAUAUGAAUGUAAGAAUGAGCAAGGCACGCCGGAACAACAGCAGUCAUCACCAACACCAUCACCAUCACCUCAAGACGGUUGCCUGGCGACAACCCAAUUAUCCAGGCAGGUCAUUGAAGCUUGUAACGCUAAAGGUCGCAACUUACACUAUGAGGGUUUGGGCAGAACUCCUUUCCAAGGGAGAGAGGCAUGCGACAACGAGGGCUGGGUAGUGGUAAACCGAUGUAGAGAGGAGGCAAAGCAGUCAUGCCAGCAAAAGCCGAAAGAGCCUCAGCAGGAGCCGCCUAAGCCAGACCAACAAAACCCGAAGGAUCCACAGCCAUCGUUGACACAAGGUGGGAGUGCCUCGUGA